UUCCUCUAUAAGAUACAUGUAAUCGUGAUGACCAAGUCCAUGACUAAAAUACCAACCUCAAACUUGUAAUUUCAAAAAGAGUAACAAAAGAGCUAAGAACUGAUAAAAUGGCUGAACAAGUGAAGUUGUUGGGACAUUGGGCAAGUGCUUUUAAUUGGCGAGUUGAGAUUGCCCUGAAAUGGAAGGGCAUCGAAUACGAAUUCAUCCAAGAAGAUCUCCAAAAUAAGAGUCCUCUUCUUCUCAAGUGCAACCCCAUUCACAAGAAGAUUCCAGUGCUCUUACACAAUGGAAAGCCCAUUUGCGAGUCGCUUGUCAUUCUUGAGUACAUUGACGAGACCUGGAAAGGCAAUCCCAUCUUUCCUGAAGAUCCUCAUGAGAGAGCCAUAGCGCGUUUCUGGGCCAACUUCAUAGAUGAGAAGUGCUUGCCUGCAAUAAAGAAGGCUUGUUUUACCAAAGACGAUAAGGGCAUUGAAGAAACAAUUGAGCACCUGAAAACACUAGAAGCCCAACUGAAUGAUAAGAAGUUUUUUGGAGGAGACAGUGUUGGUCUAGUAGACAUUGUCGCAAACUUGAUUGGAUAUUCGCUUGGAGUGAUUCAAGAAGCAGUGGGAGUAGAGGUAUUGACAGAAGAGAAAUUUCCCAGACUCUACAAAUGGAUCGAAGAGUAUGUUAGUUGCUCUGUCAUCAAAGAACAUCUGCCACCCAGAGAGAAACUACUGGCCUUUGCCAAAGCAAAUUACAACAAUCAGUAGUUUUUUUUUAAUCAUGUUUUCAACAAAAUAAAAAUAUGCAGUUUCGAAUUGCAGACCGAUCUUCUUUUCUAUGUACUACUAGUUCUUGUGUUUUGUGUUGAGAAUUAAUUGAAGUACUUUACAUUUCUAUGUAUGAGGAGCUAGUUAUCGCUCUUGUUUCAUUUCAAAUAGAAAGUGAUAUUUUUGUAGACAA